AUGGCGGCAAUCAACCCAUACAGCAACUUGCUGAAGACAUUGGAAGUUAAUGGAAAGACUUACAAGUACUAUGAUAUCACUCAGCUUGGAGAAAAAUAUGACCGUCUCCCAUUCAGUAUCCGUGUGCUGUUGGAAAGUUGUGUACGCAACUGUGACAACUUUCAAGUGUUGGAGAAGGAUGUGCUUAAUGUGUUGGAUUGGGAGCAGAAACAAACCAUUGAUGAUGUUGAAGUUGCUUUUAAACCAGCUAGGGUUAUUUUACAAGACUUGACUGGUGUACCAGCUGUUGUGGACUUUGCAGCAAUGCGAUAUGCUGUCGGACAGUUGGGUGGUGACCCCAACAAGAUCAAUCCAAUCUGUCCAGCUGACCUGGUCAUAGAUCACUCUGUGCAGGUUGACUUCUCAAGAACACCGGACGCACUAAACAAGAAUCAAGAAUUGGAAUUUGAGAGGAACAAGGAACGGUUUCAAUUUUUGAAGUGGGGUGCGCAAGCGUUCAAUAAUAUGUUGAUUGUGCCGCCUGGUUCUGGGAUCGUUCAUCAGGUGAAUCUCGAGUAUCUGGCGCGAGUGGUGUUUACUGAUGAUAUACUGUACCCCGAUUCCGUGGUUGGCACAGACAGUCACACCACCAUGAUCAAUGGACUUGGGGUUUUGGGCUGGGGAGCUGGAGGAAUCGAAGCGGAAGCAGUGAUGCUCGGUCAGGCAAUAAGCAUGUUACUACCCAAAGUAGUGGGUUACAGGUUGGUGGGGGAAUUGAACCCACUUGCUACCUCCACUGAUCUCGUGCUCACCAUCACUAAGCAUCUCCGCUCUUUGGGCGUGGUGGGCAAAUUCGUGGAGUUCUUUGGUCCGGGCGUCGCUGAGUUGAGUAUCGCGGAUCGAGCUACUGUGGCCAAUAUGUGUCCGGAGUUUGGAGCUACGGUCGCCCACUUCCCUGUCGACCACCGAUCCUUGGACUACCUUACACAGACUAACCGUUCCGAAGAAAAAAUCAAUAUUAUCAAGCAAUAUUUGAAAGCGACCAAACAAUUCAGAGACUAUACCAACCCCGAACAAGAUCCUGUCUUCUCGGAGAUAGUGGAACUAGAUCUAGCGACGGUGGUGACAUCUGUUAGCGGCCCUAAGAGACCGCAAGACCGUGUCUCCGUUUCAAACAUGAAGCAGGACUUCAGAGAAUGUCUUACGAAUAAGGUUGGAUUUAAGGGGUACGGCCUGUCUCCAAGCGCCCUAUCAUCAUCAGGCAGCUUCUCAUUCAGUGAUGGUCAGACUUACACCAUCACCCACGGCUCCGUCAUCAUCGCGGCUAUCACCUCUUGCACCAACACUUCAAACCCUAGUGUUAUGCUUGGAGCUGGUCUUCUUGCAAAGAAAGCAGUUGAAAAUGGAUUAAGUGUACUGCCAUAUAUUAAGACUUCGCUAUCUCCCGGCUCUGGAGUAGUCACUUACUACCUUAAAGAGUCUGGCGUGAUCCCUUACUUGGAAAAAUUGGGAUUCGAUGUAGUCGGCUACGGCUGUAUGACCUGCAUUGGUAACUCUGGACCUAUUGAUGAUAAUAUCGCCAAUACUAUUGAGAAGAACGAACUAGUGUGCUGUGGAGUGCUCUCUGGCAAUCGUAAUUUUGAGGGUAGAAUCCAUCCAAAUACACGGGCGAAUUACCUUGCAUCACCUCUUCUAGUCAUCGCGUAUGCGUUGGCGGGAACCGUUGACAUCGACUUCCAAACCCAACCGCUUGGAAAGCGGGCGGAUGGCUCGCCAGUAUUCCUGAAUGAUAUUUGGCCGACUCGUGCUGAAAUACAGGAAGUCGAGAACAAACAUGUCAUCCCUGGAAUGUUUAAGGAGGUAUAUGAGAAAAUUGAGCAAGGCUCUUCAUCAUGGCAGUGUCUAUCAGUACCCGAAGGACAACUGUACGGCUGGGACCCGAACUCUACUUACAUCAAAAGACCACCGUUCUUCGAUGAUAUGGGCAGGGAUCUUCCACAAGUAAAGAGCAUAGAGGGCGCCAGGUGUCUUCUACUUUUGGGCGAUUCUGUGACCACGGAUCAUAUCUCGCCAGCUGGAUCCAUUGCUAGGAACUCCCCCGCUGCUAGAUAUCUUGCUGGAAGAGGUUUGACCCCUCGAGAAUUCAACUCCUACGGAUCCCGUCGUGGUAACGACGCAGUCAUGUCUCGUGGAACAUUCGCGAACAUUCGUUUGGUCAACAAGAUGGUUGAUACGGCUGGACCGAAAACGAAACAUCACCCCAGUGGAGACGUCAUGGAUAUAUUUGAUGCGGCUGAUAGAUACGCUAAGGAGAAUGUUCCGCUGAUAGCAAUAGUGGGCAAGGAUUACGGAUCUGGCUCCAGUCGAGAUUGGGCUGCAAAGGGACCUUAUUUAUUGGGCAUCAAAGCGGUGAUAGCAGAGUCGUUUGAGCGUAUCCAUCGUUCCAACCUCGUCGGUAUGGGCAUAAUGCCGUUGGAGUUCCUGCCUGGAGAAAGCGCCGAAACCCUCGGGCUCUCUGGGGAGGAGUCUUACUCCCUUCACGUGCCGGAGAAUCUUCAUACUCACCAGCUGCUCACUGUAAAGGUAUCAACAGGAGAGUCAUUCCAAGUGAAAGUCCGUUACGAUACUGAAGUAGAUCUCACCUACUUCAGAAACGGAGGUAUCCUCAACUAUAUGAUUAGACGGAUGCUGUGA